AUGGCUUAUUCAGAUCUAGUUCCCGUGGGAACAUCGCUUAUUAUUGGUGCCACAUGUUUUGCGCUCGGCACCAUCUAUGGAAAUCUUCCCUAUGAUCUCAACACUUUGUGGGUUCACGACGAAUCUGGACAAGCAUUUUCCCGUUCUCUUGCCCACUACUUGGUUUGGGCCAACACUCCACCAUAUGUUCAUCAUGUUCUCCACGGAGUAAUUUGCUUGGGAAUGAUCGGCUGUUUCAUCAAGUUGUACAAGCCCAAGGAGGACAGCAAGUACUUUGAAUAUGGAACGUUGGGGUUGAUUGUGUUUGCCACUGUGAUCUAUUUGACCAAUUUAAGAACUGGAAUUAAUUCUUGUUUUGUUGGCGAUUGGGGUGAGGUGGACAUGCCCACGGGCAUCAAUGUGAUGGCGGCGUCGCAGGUGAUGAUGGUGGUGAUUUUGGUGGGGGUUUUGGUGUUGCAGGGCGGGUUAUACUAUGCUGAAUGGUACGAUGCAAAACUCAAGGCGGCCUUUUUCGCCGAAGAAGCUCGACUUGCUGCGUUGCAGAGCGACGCCAAGGCUCAGAUUGAGCCCGAGGUUGAAACGGAAGAGGUUAGCACGGCUGUCAAGAACGAUAAGGCGAAGAAGAGAAAAUCCAAGAAGCAAUAG